CCUCUUUGGCCUAAUCAAAUUACAAAAUGGCCGUGUUCAAGGCGAAGAUCAUGAAGCCGGAAGGCGAGCAUGCUGAUGAGUUUGAACUUUCCAUUUCCCAGGCUCUUCUUGAGCUUGAAAUGAACUCUGACCUGAAGAGUCAGUUGAGGGAGCUGUUUAUAUCGGGAGCAAAGGAGCUUGAUGUUGGCAACAGAAAAGCAAUCAUCAUCUUUGUUCCAGUACCACAGCUGCGAGCAUUCCAAAAGGUUCAAACUAGGCUUGUGCGGGAAUUGGAGAAGAAAUUUAGUGGCAAACAUGUAGUGUUUAUUGCUCAGAGGAGAAUUCUACCAAAACCGACAAGAAAGUCAAGAAAUAAAGGAAAGCAGAAGCGUCCACGAAGCAGAACUUUAACAGCUGUUCAUGAAAACAUCUUGGAAGAUUUAGUUUUCCCUUCGGAGAUUGUUGGAAAGAGGAUGCGAGUAAAGCUGGAUGGCUCUAGGAUAGUCAAAGUUCAUCUUGAUAAAGCCCAGCAGACAACUGUUGAACACAAGCUUGACACCUACUCAGCCGUCUACAAGAAACUGACGGGAAAAGAAGUUCACUUCCAGUUUCCUGACUACAUCCUAUAAACGUAAAUUGAUCACAAAAGUUAAAAACACAAGUCGCAAAUGGAAUGGUCGAUGAAUGAGAAAAUGUCGUAAUAAAAAAAUUGUAAAAUACCUA